ACGCCAAUCGGCAAUCGCCAUUGAAAACUGCAAUCGUUGUGCAAGGUUCGGUUCCUGUAAUCGGUUGAUUCAUGAUUGUUGACGUGUGUUUAUAUCGGCGAGUAGUGAGAUUUUUGCAAUAAAAGUAUUGGGAUAUAACAUUAUAUUAACAGUACAAUCCACGUAAUACAACCACAAUGGGUUUGACAAUAUCCAGCGUGUUUACGAGGCUUUUCGGAAAAAAACAAAUGCGCAUUUUAAUGGUUGGACUUGAUGCUGCUGGAAAAACAACGAUAUUAUAUAAACUUAAACUUGGAGAGAUUGUAACCACUAUACCAACCAUUGGGUUCAAUGUGGAAACAGUUGAAUAUAAAAAUAUAAGUUUCACUGUUUGGGAUGUCGGUGGUCAAGAUAAAAUCCGUCCUCUAUGGAGACACUAUUAUCAAAAUACACAAGGACUUAUAUUUGUAGUUGAUUCAAGUGAUACUAAGAGAAUAGCAGAAGCUGAGAAUGAACUUGCUAAUAUGCUAAAGGAAGAUGAGUUAAGGGAUGCAGUUAUAUUGGUGUUUGCUAAUAAACAGGACAUGCCAAACGCAAUGACAGCAGCUGAACUUACAAAUGCAUUGAAUCUUAAUAAUAUGAGAAACAGACGUUGGUAUAUUCAAGCUACAUGUGCAACCCAGGGACAAGGUCUUUACGAAGGUCUUGAUUGGCUCUCCAAUGAAUUGGCAAAAAAGUGAAAUAUUGUGGGACAUGGGGAGAAGCAGCAGACAUUCCCACGUGGACAUCUUUCAAUAUGUGAAUAUUGUCUAACUAAAACUUCAAAGACUAAAUUUGUAAUUAAUUAUUAUAAACCAAUAUAUUUAUUGUAAAGUAAGAAGCAGAUUUACUAUCCAGUUUAUAUCUUUUGCUUCAUGUAUCUCCUGUUUCUAAAGCUUCUUGUUGUGUCAUGUUUAAGCAUAUUUAUAAAAACAGCUAAUUUCCUGUCUUUAAAUUUUUAAACUUUAACAAAGAAUUCAUAUCAUUUGCGUAUUAAAAUGUCAAUAUUAAUUGGGUAGGUUAUAAUCAGCAUUUAAUAUUUCUAUUUAUAAAUUUGAAGUCAUUUUACCUUUGAUUCAUCAUCAUCCAAAGAAUUUAUGCAUUUUUAAUAAUAUAAAAUUCUCAUAAACUAUGAGGUUAAGUAUUGCUUUAAAAUAAAGAAGCCUUAAAAUUUUAUGAAUGAUAUAAUAUAGAGUAAAAUGCAAAGGAUGUUAGUAUUUAAUUGUUUUUACUUAACAAGAAAGUAAGAAACUAUCGAUCUAUAAAAUGUAUGUAUGAAUAGGUAUAUCACAGGUCCAAUAAACCCUAAUCAAAUUUGAUUUUUGUAUGCUUUAAGUAUGGAAUCCUUUCCAUUCUCCAUAUUUCUUAAUAUUUAACAUACAUAUAUAGCUACCCUAUAUGUAACAUAGAUAUAUUAUUUACUUAUACUUUUUUUUAAUAAUUGUAUAUUUUGAUUGAGAGUAUAUCAAGCAGUUUAAAUAUUAGUUUGAUAUUUCAAUAACUGUCAUAUUUCUAUCCUUUGUAAUGUGUAAUAAAUGUAGUUUCGCCAGUGGUAGGCUCACUUGCAUAGGAUGCUAGAUUAUGGGUACCACAACAGUGGCAGGUGGUUCAGCUUUGAAGCAGUAAUGUGUAAACAUUAUUAUUUUUUGGCCUGAAGGGCCCCGUAGCUAUUAAAAUUACUGGGUAUAUGAGACACAUAACAUCAUGUCUCAAGGUGACGAGCGCAAUUGUAGUGCCAAUCAGAAUUUAUGGAUUUUUCAAGAAUCAAGAUCUUUUCACGAUCUUCUCUUAUUCCAAAAAAAAAACAUUCGCGAACUAAUCAUGCAUUAUAUUUUAUUUGUAAGUCAACUUAAUAUUUUAGCAUACAUC